UCAAAAGUUGGUGCCUUCAUCCUCUGCGGACACCAAACGCUUGUUGGCUUCUAGCUUGCUUUCCCUUCUUCCUUCCUUCUUCCUCUCUGCUUCUUCUCUUAAAAAUUUCUCUGAGAUUCAGUAAAAAUGGCUGCUUUGGUUUUAACUGUGCUGUUUCUGGCCAUGUUUACUCUUUCUGAUGCUGCGUGGUGUGUUUGUAGGAGUGAUGUGAGCAACACCGCCCAGCAAAAGACAUUAGACUACGCCUGUGGAGCUGGGGCUGACUGUAAUUCUAUUCUCCAAAAUGGAGCUUGUUUCAACCCAAACACAGUUCUUGCUCACUGCUCCUAUGCUGCUAAUAGCUAUUUUCAGAGGAAAGGUCAGGCUCCGGGCUCAUGUGAUUUCACUGGAACUGCUAUCACAACACAAACUGACCCAAGUGGCAAUGGCUGCACUUUUCCUGCAACUGCAAGUGCUGCAACGAGUACUGGAAGCUCAACGCAAAACCCAGCCUCGCCAUUUUCAUCUUCAUCAACAGGAAGCUCCACUCCAAGCACAAGCGGAAAUGCAGUUUUGGGAGGUCUGGGUCCUUCUGGAACUACAACAAGCAUUGAUGGCAGCGCUGCUGCUUCAUUUCUUCCAAAUCCUGUUAUGGUGAGCUCUCUGCUGCUGCUCAUCUUCUUCCUCCAUUGCUUGGUUUGGCAGAGAAGUUGAGCGAGGGAAUGACAAGUGCCUUUUGUUCUUCCUCCGUUGCUGGUUUGGCAGAGAAGUUGAGUGAGGGAAUGAGAAGUGCCUUUUGUUCUUUUAUGAUGUGGGAUCAAUCUACUCUACUCUUACUUUCUUUUUGUAAACAUAGAGAGUCUCUGCUAAUUUAUUAAGUUCUGAUGCUAUGUUUUGUUGUUAA